AUGAUGGUGAACGAUAAUGGGGUUAAGGAGGAGACCGUUUUGGUAAGUUCUACGGUUCCUAAGCGCUCUAGGCUCAGUAAGGGGUGGAGGCGGAAACAUGCUCAGUCAGGGGCUGGUUCCUUUUCUUCAUCAGGGGUUUCGGACACUUCGGUUGGAAGGCCCGGGGAGGUGCAGGUUUCAGACCAGUCUCAGAGUAGGGGGUCUGGUGGUUGUUUCGUUUGUGGCCAGCAGGGCCAUGGUAGACGUUUUUGCCCUUUGCGUGUGAAUUCUGCAAGUGUUUCAAAACCUAGUCAGACUCAGUCGUACCCAUCCAGUCGGGGGCGCUAUCGGUACCAGAAACAGGUGCAUCCUACUCUUUUGUUUAGUUCUCGAAUUAUGGACAAAUUUCUGAAAAGAAAAUCAACUAUUGUACAAGAUUCAUCUCAAUCCCAAGAAACUUGUGGUGAUAGUCACAUUCAAGAUUCUUCUUUUGAAUUUGCCUUCACUUUACACUUGAUGAAAAAUAUUUUAGGGAUUACAAAUGAGUUGUCGUUAGCAUUGCAAAAGAAAAAUCAAGAUAUUGUCAAUGCUAUGACACUUGUUAAAGUAUCUAAGCAACGAUUGCAGAUGAUGAGAGAUGAUGAAUCGGAAUCUUUAUUGACUGAAGUGUCUUCAUUUUGUAACAAACAUGAGAUUUCUAUUCCAAAUAUGGAUGAAAUAUUUGUUGUUAGUGGGCGGCCACGACGCAAAGCUCUACAAAUUGCAAAUUUACAUCAUUAUCAAGUUGAGCUAUUCUACACAGUCUUAGAUAUGCAACUUCAAGAGCUUAACAAUCGCUUUUCAGAAGCAAAUACUGAGUUACUUCUUUGUAUGGCUUGCUUGAAUCCUAGUAAAUCAUUCUUUGCUUUUGAUAAGCAUAAGUUGAUUCGUCUUGCAGAGUUCUAUCCAUAUGAUUUUUCUGCAACAGAUUUAAUGGUCCUUGACAUCCAACUUCAAAACUACAUUGUUGAUAUGCGCUUAAGUGAAGACUUUUUAGAACUUAAAGGAGUUGGUGAUCUUGCUAUAAAGUUGGUGGAGACAGAUAAACAUGUGAUAUAUCCAUUAGUCUAUUUGCUUGUGAAAUUAGCAUUGACUCUACCUGUCACGACAGCAACAAUGGAAAGAAGUUUUUCAGCAAUGAAGUAUAUAAAGAGUAAUUUGCGUAACCGAAUGGGAGAUCAGUGGAUGAAUGUUUGUUUGGUUACAUACAUUGAAAGAGAUGUAUUUGAUAGCAUUGAUAAUGAGGAGAUUAUGCAACGUUUUCAAAAUAUGAAAUCUCGUCAAGGGCAAUUGUAA